CGAUAAUAAGCUUUCAAACUUUCUUUCCUUCGACCUCGUUAAUAAGUACCUAGGGGUACUUGUGUCCGUUGCUAGGGUGCAUUGCCGGCUCAAACCUCCCUUCCUUGACGCGACAGCUGCGACAACGAAAUAUCAACCAUCGCCGCAGCAAUGUCUUCCAAUAAGAAAUAUGCCUUCCUUCCUAUGCAGGAUGACGAGGUCGGUCCACAAAAGGUGAAGAAGUCUUCAAAGGACCGCCGCGACAAGAAGAAAGAAUCGUCCUCGUCGCGCCACUCCAGAUCUCACCGCCGAAGCCGUUCCCGAUCACCCGCCCGUGAGUCUUCAUCCAAGCACUACCGAAGUCGCGCCAAAGACAGUCGCCGCGAUUACGAUCGGCACAGCAGCAGAAGGGACGACAAGGAGGACCGCUGGGCCGACGAUGAGCCCCUCACGGACGACGGGGCCGACGAGCCCGAGUUUGAGCAGUCUGCUUCCAAACGCGUCAAAAUCAGCCAUGGAGACGAUGCGGAGGAUGCGGACCUGUCAGAUGGCGCACGCGAGGAGCUGCAGGCGCAACGAGACCGCGCAGAGAGGGAGGCCUUCUCGAAUCGGCUGAAGGAGAGAGACGAUGGGAGGUCCAAGAAGGGCGGGAAGGAGGAUCUUGCUACCUCACUGAGGCGAUCACUAGCAGACGAUGCCAAGGGGAGAAGUGAAGCUGUCGCUGAUCUCCGAGAAAGGUCACGACAGGAAUACUUCAAGAAGCGUGAAACGGAAAAGAUUGCCUUGUUUCGCAAACAGGUCGCCGAGGAGACAGCUGAGCUCCGAAGCGGCGUGGCGUUAUCGGAGAAGGAGAAGGCUGAGUUUGCUGAAAACAGAAAGCUGCUGGCCCUCAUUGAGGAAAGGUUACGCAUCGACGACCACCGUGAUGGGUAUUACAUGCCCGAAGACUACAUCACGGAGAAGGGGAAAAUCGACAGAAAGAAGAAGGAGGAUGCUCUGUACAAGCGUUACGUGGAAAAGGAUGAGUACGGACAGGAGAAGUUCGUUACCGAACACGAGGAGUGGGAGAGGGAACAGGCCGCAAAGGCCAAGGCCCAAAUCAAGGUGGCUGAGAGGGACGAGGCCGGUUACGACUAUGUCAUGGAUGAGGACCAGUACAUCCAAUGGACACGAGAUACUCGCCUGCCUGGUGAGGGGAAGGUUUUGACCGGGGAGCAGCUGUACCUGCAGGCUCAGAUCGAUGCUGCAGAGAAGAGACAGCUUUCCAUGCAGGAGACUCGAAAGAGCCUGCCAAUCUACGUCUAUCGGGAUGAGUUCCUUGCUGCGCUUGAGCAGUACCAGAUUUUGGUCAUUGUUGGAGAGACUGGAAGUGGAAAAACAACACAGUUGCCACAGUAUCUCCACGAGGCUGGCUACACCAAAGACGGCAUGAGGGUCGGUUGCACUCAGCCACGACGUGUCGCAGCAAUGAGUGUAGCAGCCCGUGUAGCCGACGAAAUGGGGGUCAAGGUUGGAAACGAAGUUGGUUACUCGAUCCGUUUCGAGGACAACACCAGCGAUAAAACCAUCUUGAAAUAUAUGACGGACGGUAUGCUGCUUCGAGAAUUCAUGACGGAACCCGACCUGUCAAGCUAUUCGGCGCUGAUGAUUGACGAGGCGCACGAACGGACGGUCCAUACCGAUAUCUUGCUUGCGCUCGUCAAAGAUCUUGCACGGGAGCGCAAGGAUCUCAAACUGUUGAUUUCAUCUGCCACCAUGAAUGCAGAGAAGUUUGCUUCAUAUUUCGACGAUGCGCCCAUCUUUAACAUUCCCGGCCGGAGGUACCCUGUAGACAUCUACUACACGCCAGCACCCGAAGCCAACUACUUGUCAGCCGCCAUCACCACUGUCUUCCAGAUUCACACUACGCAGCCGAAGGGAGAUAUCCUCAUUUUUCUCACAGGCCAGGAUGAGAUUGAGGCCGCAGAAAUGCAAAUCACCGAAACUGCAAGGAAAUUGGGAAGUCGCGUGAAGGAGCUUGUCAUUUGUCCGAUUUACGCCAACCUGCCGUCUGAACUGCAAUCCAAGAUUUUCGAGCCUACUCCUGAGAACGCGAGGAAAGUCGUCUUGGCUACAAACAUUGCCGAGACUAGUUUGACAAUUGAUGGAAUUGUCUAUGUCAUCGAUCCGGGCUACGUCAAAGAGAAUGUCUACAAUCCCGCCACGGGAAUGUCGAACUUGGUGGUUGUUCCCUGCUCGAGGGCGUCCGCAAAUCAAAGGAGCGGUCGUGCCGGUCGAGUUGGGCCUGGAAAGUGCUUCAGACUGUACACCAAAUACGCAUACAUGAACGAAAUGGAAGAGUCGACAACGCCAGAGAUCCAGCGGACAAACCUAAACGGUGUGGUCCUACAACUCAAGUCUCUCGGCAUCAACGAGCUCCUUGAUUUCGAGUUUAUGGACCCGCCGCCAACCGAGGCCCUCAUUGGCGCGCUGAACCAGUUGUUCGCGCUGCAGGGCUUAAAUCACAAAGGCGAGCUGACAAAACUUGGGCGACAGAUGGCCGAGUUCCCCACGGAUCCCAUGUUGGCCAAGGCCGUCCUGGCCGCAGAUAAAGAGGGGUGUGUGGAGGAGGUCCUCUCGAUAGUCGCCAUGUUGAGCGAAGCAUCGGCCCUGUUUUUCCGACCCAAGGACAAGCAGGUGCAUGCAGACGCUGCUCGUGGUCGAUUCACGGUCAAGGAGGGUGGCGAUCACGUUACAUUGCUCAACAUCUGGAACCAGUGGCUAGACAGUGACUACUCGCCGAUUUGGUCCAAGGAGAAUUUCUUACAGCAGCGGUCGCUAACACGGGCUCGAGAUGUGCGGGAACAGCUGAGCAAGCUAUGCGAGCGUGUCGAGGUCACACUGUCAACCUGCGGCGGGAUCUCCAACAUGCCACCGAUCAAGCGUGCCAUCACUGCGGGCUUCUUCCCCAACGCGGCGCGCAUGCAGCGCAGCGGAGACAGCUACCGGACGGUCAAGAACAACACGACGGUCUACAUACAUCCCAGCUCGGUCAUGAUGCAGGAGGACCCGCCGCCUCGCAUGGUAAUCUACUACGAACUAGUGCAGACCACCAAGGAGUACAUGCGGUCUUGCAUGCCCAUUGAACCUAAAUGGCUUGCUGAACUGGCACCGCAUUUCCACAAGGCCAAGGAUAUUGCAGCCUUGGAAGAAAAGAAGCUCCCCAAGGAUCGCAAGAGGUAAUUUUGCGUCGCUUCGCUUGGAGCAAGGGUGCUACAGCUGUACAAGAAAGAGCCAGGUAAUUUCUUAAUGAAAUCGUACGUGGUGAACAAAGGGUCUUUUAUGGGCUGACGACUUUGCUUUCACAAUUGCAAUUCUUUUUGGGCCUCUGGCUGGUCUUAUCUUUUGUCCCUUCUGUGACUGGUGCAGGUAUCUGCUCUGGUGGACAAGAGAACAUCCAGAUGGAUCCCUUGUUGCCUACCUUGCCCAGCCUUGGACAUAUGGCGUGGCGGUCCCUAAACGCCUGGUUACUAAUGAGCUGCUCGCAUUCGUUUCCACACUGGAUGGAGAGGAUGUAUCCUCUCACGGCCUGUAUGGGUAUGCCCUCAGACGGCAAUGUCGAUGAUUGUCAGAUACGGCCGUGAAGUGGUGACGGGGCUUUUACGGGUUCUCUGAUCGAUCCAACACUGAAUGUAGCGCUCAUGCUGGAAUCCUUCGGUGUUGAUGUACAAUGUUGUUGUAAAUGGAGGUUAUUGGACACCAAAGAGACAAACAAGACGGGGGAAGGAAUGUUGCGGUUUAGAUAAUAAACAAGCGGCGCAUCAUCUGAAUAAUAUAUAAGGUACCUACCUAGCUAAGCCGACUGUCAACGCAUAUCCCAUCAGUAAUUCGC